AUGAAUAACAAGCAUGCUGCAAAUACAAGCAAAAAGCUAAAACAGUUUAGCACGAAAUCAAGAAGCAAGAGCGCUGCAAACUUCAAGGGGCUGAACCAACUGAGAAAAGUUUUGAGUCAUGAUGGAAGCUAUGCAGUCGAAGACCAAACGAAAGAGAGGCCAGGUUGGAUGAAAAAAUCUAAAAGUAGUGAUUCGUUGCACCGGAGAAAGGCCAUAAGCAGUCUCAGUAUGACAGCAUUGGGACGGGUUUCGUCGAAUUCGACGAGCUCACACCAUGAUAACUCGAGUGGAUCGUCUGUUCCAGUAUCUGGACUCAAGCCGCAACGUGGAAAUAGCACAAAAUCUGUUUUAGAGCUACGAGAUGGCGAUGAGAUGUAUGAGGAUCACUCAACGACAGACGAAGAGGUAGAAUAUUUUACAGAUGAAGAGGUCAAAAGGGAAGGCACUAGACCAAACGACAGAAACCGACUAUCAAAACGUCAAUCGGGAGCCAAGAAUGGAGCAACUGAGCCUAAUUUAGUUUACGAAUCGCAGGCACAGGAACAGAAUACCGACGACAGGGCCUCAGAGACAAGUGGUUCGGAGGAAGAUCACACAUUAUUAGGAACCGAUGUGCCAUCUCAAUCACAUGCUGUGUCUGUUGAAGAUCUUGAAAACUCCGUUUCGCGAGCCGGUAGCAGUAACACAUUGAAAAAUCAACCUUCCUAUGGAGUACCGUCUAACCUUCGGCCUUCAAGUGAUGACCACAUCAGUAGUACAGGGAAUCUCCCCGAUCAGGAUCAAAUACCAAGACAAAGUUAUCACCAGAGCAAGGAAACUUUGGUCAAUCAUGUUGCUCAUGAUGACAGAAUAGACUCUGCGGAUAGAAUAGAUCAAGAUGGCACUGAAGAAGACAUUAUCGACGCACCGAACAACAUUGAAUCCAUGGCAAACAGUUUGAAAAGGCAUGGGCCUACGUCCAAUAGGACGAGAAAUCUGGCGUAUGCUGAUGACGACGGAAAUGACAUCAGUGACGGUUAUGAUUAUAACAAAGAAAAAAGAACUGACUUGAAGUAUAGCCCGACAGUAAUUUUAUCGCAAUCAACAGGCAUGGAAAAGCGUUUCGAUCGCUCCCCAUCUCUGUCAGAAGAAACUAACUCUCGCAUAUUAAGAAAUGACAACAUUCAAAAUUCUGCAAAUGGAGCAAUCCCUUCCAAUAACAACAACUUCAAGUAUAUCAACAGUGAUUUUGCUGCCUCUUUUAACUCAAAUCAUGGUACGCAACACAUAAGUGAAAGUUCGGUUAAACCCGAUUUUUCUACUUCUAUUUCCAGUCUAUCCAGCCAUCUUUCUCGACCAACACAACUAAUGACGGAAAACAAGCCAAGCAAAUCUUUGCAUCAAAGAACAGGACAAGCUAUCAUAACUCCUCAUAUUAAUAACCGCCCGCAAUUGGAUUCCAGGAAUUCGAGCAGCAAAAGGUCAGAUCCUUUGUCAAAUUUCAAUAACUUCUCACAAUUUUUGCAAACUGAAAGCAGUGGAACAGAAUCUCGGACACAGCAAAAGCUUUGGCUGCAGCGCGAAAACUCUUUUAUAGAUCUCUCCUCCCAGGUCCCAACCUUAGACUCCAUCUUCCUGGCUUCUAAUAUUGAGGUCAAAAGAGAAUUCGAAAGAAUAUCCAGAGAGUAUACCAACGUGAGACGCUUUAGUAAUCCUGUGACAACUUCCCUGAACAGGACAGCUCCUCGAAACCGAUUAGACUCAAAAAAGAAUCGCUUAGCUCACUCCCAGAUCAACGAGCUCGUUAAAGUUUUCAGGAAAAAUGGCUCACAGAAUGAGCAGUCACUUCAAGAAUUCUGCAAAGAGAAGCUUGAUCUAGACAUUGAUAUUCAGCGAGUCUUAUCUACCAUAUGGAACAAAGAAAGUGCGGCUUUUAAUAAAAGGUCAGACCUCCCGGGACAGAAUGACCUCAGUCAUUCAUCUUCAACUUCUUAUGGAAUGCCGCUUCGCUCACAGACCCGCAACAAUUUGAGAACAAACUACGGAUCCUCAAACAGCAUUAACCAUCAACGAGGUUUAGGAUCUGGCUCGCUACAACCAACGACUAGGGCUGUCCAUCGGCGUAUGGAAAGCGCUUUCAAUCAACAGCAGCGGCUUUGA